AUGUCAUCACCUGCACCAUCAACUACUCCAUCUAUUUCAAAAGAUUUUUUUGUUGAUGUCAUUGAAUCAUCAGCAACAGAAGCUAAUGCUACCAAUCGACAUGGGACAAUCACUUGGUUUAAUUUGGCUAUUGUUGUUUAUUUUUCCAUUGGGGGUGGUCCUUUUGGUUUUGAGGAAUCCAUUCUUGUUUCUAACCCUGCAUGGAGUUUAUGGAGUUUGUUAGUUAUUGCAGUGUUGUGGGCACUUCCACAAUCAAUGACUAUGGCAGAAUUAUCUGUAAGAUUUGAGGGAGGAUAUAAUGAAUGGGUAUACAAAGCAUUUGGAUAUCAUGUUGGGUUAUUUCAUUCUAUAGUUAGAACCGUAUUUAAUGUUUCAUGUAAUGCUGGAUAUAUGGCAUUAUAUUAUGAUUAUAUCAAUACUCUUUAUCAUCAAUUUUUAUUCUUUGAUUUCCAGGAUUUUACAUGGACAUAUUUUAUAUUAAAAAUCCCAACAUUGAUUAUUUUUGUUUCUAUAUUAAUCAGUGUAAAUAUAUUAGGGGCUAAAAAGUUAUCUUCAGUUGGUGUUGUAUUAACAGUUUGUGUUAUAUUACCAUUUGUGAUACUUUUCUUUAUUGCAACACCAAAAUUGGAUUUAAGUCAACUUGUUAAUUUCAAUGUUGUUUCUGAUGAGGCAUCUUUUCCUAAAAUGAUUAGUAUUGUUAUGUUUAAUUUAAUGGGAUGGGAUUUUGUUGGAAAUGUAAGUUCACAAGCUAAAAAACCAAAAAGAGAUGUUCCAAUAGCCAUGGUUGUUGCAUUGUUACUUGUUGUAAUGACAUAUAUCAUUCCUACUAUGGACUUAGUUACUACAUUAGAUUUUACUAUUCCUCCUUCACACUUAGACUCACCAUACACAUCUAUUGAACCUUUAUAUGUUUCUAUGGCAAAUAAAUUAUGGCAACCACUUUCAUAUGUUAUUGAAGUAGCUACAAUCUGUGGUGUAUUUGGAUUAGCGGCAAUGUUCUUACAAACAUCAUCUCAAGGUUUAUGUCAUGCAACUCAAUUCAAUUUCCUUCCAAGAAUUUUUUCUCGUUCCUUUGCAGGAACUGCUACACCAUAUUUUGCAAUUUUAUUCCAAUCUGUAUUUUCUUUUUCUAUAGCAAUUUUUGUAACAUUUAACCAAAUUGUAUCACUUCAAAUGUGGUUCUUAUCAAUUUCAACACUCUUUAUUAUGUGUUCAUAUUUGGUUAUUCGUUGGAGGGCAUAUAUUAAGAAAGCAGAAGUCGAGGCUUUGUUCUAUUUACCAUUCCAUCCAAUAUUAUUAACAUUAUUUGUUCUUCCAACAAUUUUAUUAUCAAUUUUUCAGUUAUUCUAUAAAGUGGGAGAAUGGUAUGUUAUUGGCAUUGGGUUAGUUGUCUUAUUCAUCUGUGAAUUAAUUACCAUUACUGUGGUACUAAUUCUAAAGAAGAAAUCAACACGAGUAGAACUGGAAAAUACAGGAUAUGAAUCAUGA